AUGAGUUACGAGUACGUUGUAGCAACCGAAACCGACAGAGAAAUGGUCCGUGAAGCUCUAGCCGAAUAUUUCUACCCUGAAGAACCACUUACCUUAGCCCAUCGAGAUGGGUCCGACGUUACGAUGGAUGACAUGGAAACUGCCCUUUCUUUUCUUAAGAAGGGUACCACAAUUCUGGCUCGUCUGGAUGGAGAAAUAGUUGGACUUGCAAUCGGAGGGCUUUCGGAAGACGUCAGUAGCGUACCCAUCAUUACACGAAAGUAUGCCGAUAUUGUCGCAUUUCUCGAGUGUCUAAGUGCGCGUGCUUCUGAUGCCGAAUCCUUCACUUCUUCGUACCAUGUUUAUAUACUAGCAGUACAUCCUGCCCAUCGAGGCCAUUCGAUUGGUCGUCGAUUGAUGGAGAAACAGAUCGAACUGGUGCGUGCCCGUUGGCCAACGGUAUUAACUGUCACGGUAGAAGCAACAAGUACCACAUCCUUACGCCUUAUGAAACGGAUUGGAAUGCAUGAAACAGCACGGUUAAGCUUCGCAGAGUAUAGAGAUGAUGCGGGUGAGCAAGUUUUCUUUGGCACGGGUGAAGCGACUCGCUUGAAACUGCAGAUGUGUGAAGAAGCGAUGAGUGUGAGCAGUGUUGUUGGGUGA